AUGAUAGGAGAAGUACCUCCUCCUCCCACUCCUGCAGUACACCCUCCCCCUACUCAUACAAUACACCCUCCCCCUACUCAUAUUGUACACCCUUCUCCUCCUACCCGUGCAGAAGAGCCUCUUCCUCCCCCUGACCCUACUUCUAUACCUUCCUCAUCUUCUAGACCCCCUUCUAAGACUGCCACACCAUUUACUGAUCCAGAUUCAGAUGGUGAUGGUGAUGAUGUUGACCCGCUCCUCCAUGAUCGACCAUGGAUUGAGCCAUAUGGAAAAGGGUUUAUUCCAUCCAGGGUUGCUUCUCAGGCCAUCACACGAUCAAUUAAGCAACAGUAUUUGACUCCAUGGCCUACUUGGGGAGCAAUACCUAUAGACGACAGAAAGCCAUUUUGGGAGCGUUUUAAGAUGAAGGUGCAGUGGAAAGCUGAACAUGAAAGUCAAAUACAUAGAAAUUUUAACAUGAAAGCAUCUCAUCGGCUCUCAGAGAUGUUUAGGGAUGCCCGAAUUGCAGGAGAGCGCCCUUACUGGAUGGGCGAAAUCAUUUGGAACUCUUUGCUUGCACAUUGGAAUUCAGUAGAGUUUCGCAAGAAGAGUGCUACAAACCAGAGGAACAGAGCGAGUGAAAAAGUCUAA